UUAGGUGCAUUCGCAAAACCAAUUUUCCUUCUUCUCUCUUUCAAGUUCCAAGCCCUCGCCCGUGGCCAUGGAUGAACCUGAACCUGAACCUGAGCCUGAGCCUGAACCAUUUCGAUUCGAACAAAAUCUCUUCACAAAAUGGACGAUGAAAUUGAAGGACCAACGCGACAUGAUUUCUGAUCCAUCUUCUUCUGAAUUGUAAUCUGAUUGUUCAACGCCACAAAAUUCUCGUUCCUUUCUCGCCGUUGGAUCGGGAUCACAGGGUGGCGGUGGCGCCGAGACAGUGGAGGAGUAGUUAUAUUAUAUAUUGCGGCCUUUGGAAAAUUAGGGCGAUGUCUGUGUUUGACCAAUGACCAUGGCGGAAGAGCGAGGAGAAGGAGCCAGAGUUAGGGUUUUGAUCGACAAGGCUACCAACUCUACGGAUUCGGAGGUCCAUCCUCGCCUCCUCAAGGCCAUCAAAUCGGUUGUACGGUGCUCCGAUUCAGAGCUCCGAGUCGCUGCCCAAACUCUCAUGGACCUUAUGAAACGCGACCAUUCUCAGGUCCGCUAUCUCGCACUUCUGAUAAUUGAUGAACUCUUCAUGAGGUCAAAGCUUUUCAGAUCCAUUGUUGUUGAGAAAUUGGAUCAGCUGUUGACAUUAAGUGUUGGAUUCAGAAGAAAUGUGCCACUUCCUGCACCACCAGCUGUUGCAUCUACGUUGCGUUCAAAGGCCAUCGAGUUCUUAGAGAAAUGGAAUGAUUCUUUCGGUAUUUAUCACAGACAGCUUAGAUUAGGUUACGACUACCUGAGGAACACUCUUCGGUUUAAAUUUCCUAAUAUACAGGCAAACGCAGCACGGCGGCAGCAAGAGAGGAUGGAAAGAGAAAGAAGGUCGAAAGAGAUAUUGCUAAGCAAGUUUGAAGUGUUGAAAGGAAACUUUUCUUCUAUCAAGGAAGAAAUUCAAUCAACUUUAGACGAGAUCAAAGAGUGUUUGGAUAUUGUCCAUUCUAAAGAGGAUUCCAGAGCCAUGAUCCCUUUGGAUGAUGAUGACACUACAGAAGAGUUUCGAUUGUCCGAGUUGAGACAAAUUCGUCUUGAUGCACUGAAAGAAGGGGAAAAGGUUCAUGAGAAUCAUGAUAACAAAGUGAUUUUUGAUGCAUUAAGGGAGCUUUACAAGCUUAUGUCAAAACAUCUGGUUUCCAUCCAAGAGUGGAUCUCUGUUCUUGUUAGGGUUGACUCAACAGAGGUAAGAUUCAGGGACUCAGCCUUAAGGGAGUUCAUCGAUAUACGAAAUAGUCUACGUGCAGUGAAAAAGAGAUGUGAAGAGUCCGGUUUUACUUUUACUGAAAGCGCGAAUCAUGAUGACAAAGACGAAGAUUUCUGGGAAGAGGGUAAGGUGGAAGCAAUGGAGACUGGAGGUUCCUUUAUAUCCGAAAGGAAAAUGGAAGAUCUUGCUGUGGCUUCAACAUCCGGUGUGAUUAAAAACGCUGAAACUGAAAUGAGUAGUGAGGCACAUGUUGGCAAUGUGGUGCAGAAUAGUGAAGUUGGUAGUAAUGAUUCAACCUCAUCCCUGAGGAAUAAGCUUUUAGCUGAAGCUCCAGUUAUCGAAUGGGGCACUUUCUUAAAUACCUGGGAUUCGAAUAGGGAUAUUCUGGCUAACCAGCGAGGAUUAGAGCUUGAAAGUCACUGGGGUCGGGUAGACUAUGAUGCAACUAUUCCAGCAGAGAAAAUUGCAGAACUGAAUGUUCGGGCUUCACUUUACAAGGAAGACCAACCCGAAAUCCAACCAUGUCGUACUCCUUUAAGUAAAGGAGGACUUUGUCAGAGAAGAGAUCUCAGAGUAUGCCCAUUUCAUGGACCUAUUGUGCCUCGUGAUGAUGAAGGACGACCACUGGACCUGGGCAGUUCAUCGAAUGAGACGACUCCUGAUCUUGGGACUGGAUUUGUUGACAAAUUAGCAAGACAGGCUGUGAAAAACGUGCGUGCCAGAGAUGAAGAGGCAGCAAAGAAGAGGAAACAUGACAAACAAACACAGAAGCGUGCCAAACUUGCAAAAAUUCGCGAGCACAAUGAAGCUGUUUUGCGCGAUGCUGCAGUGGCAUCGACAUCAAGAUCUUCUGCUGUGGGCGAGCACAUGGAAACAGCUGGUGAGGAGACCGGAUCAGCUCGAAGCAAGAAGAAAACGCUUGCGUCGAUGCUGCGUAAGAAAGCAUCAACAAAGGAUAGGUUAUCGCAGAGGCUGUUAGGCUCAAGAUCCAGGGAUUCAACUCAGAAGCAGCUGAAACUGAAUGAAGAUGCAAGCUACAGAGAAGCUUUCCCAAAUCAGUGGUAAAUUAUCUUUCCAUAAUUUGUGGGUAAGUUUUAGAGGAUUGGUUGUCCGUAGAUGAAAUCUUUUAUUAGAGAGAAUUUAUUUUUUAUUUAUAUUUUUAUUGAUGGAGCAUCUGUGUAAAGCAAAUGAAAUAAAGUAGAAUAAUCUUUUUUUUUUUUUAAUCUUUUGAUACUAAUAAAGGAGAAUAGUUUAAUGA